AUGAGGCCCAUAUCCGAGGGCGAAGCAACCGAAUUAUAUCCUGAUUCCUUCAGAGCAAGACUGAUCAUUGACUACUUGAAUCGGCAGCUUGAGGCGAAUCAUGCGUCCGCCCGGCUCAAGCGUAUCAACCAAGAAAGCUUCCCAGAGCACGACCAAGACAGUCUGAGUCAUGCCUGGGAGAGCUAUGUUUGCCAGCCGAAGGGCAGGAGCAACUCAGUGUUUCGUUUGAAAUUCGGCAAACCUGCACUACGCUUCAUUUGCGACCACGAUGCGCUGCUAGAGCUCACCGUGCAGGAAGUGAUAUCGGAACAUGGUUCGGUUCCGCAUCUGAGCGCUAGUCUAGCAGGAAUGAAGUUCGCUUUUCGUUUCACUACAACUCGCCGCACUAUCGUUGGCAACGACUUCAAAGUUGGCGACCAUGAGAGUCGCAUUCACCUUCUGGUCUGCGACUUCGACCAUGCCAAGCUUGUCCCUGUGCGCGACGACGAUAUCAUGGCCCAAUCCGAGCUCGAGGGCCUUCUUGGGCCAUAUCUGCAGGCGUUACAACACGGGGGCCAUCAUGUCUUGUUCUUCCCUCCUGAAUUUGUGGGACUCGACUACUCCCAUCCCCCGCGUCUGUCGCUUGCGGGCGACUACGAGGAGCUUCGGCGUACAUAUGGCGCUGGUCUCACUGCCGAUGUCGAAGGCUUCUCAGAGACUACGAUCAACGCUCAUCUCUCUCUAACAUGGGGUGCCUGUGUAUUCGCGGCCCAAGAACGAAGGAGUCCUCUCAAGUGGAACUCAUCCAGCUACCUUGCUGAAUAUCAAACCUGGCUGUUCCAGGACUUCCAACCCCAGGCCGGUUGGCACGCCUCUAUGAAAUUCCGGGAGCCAAGGGUCACCGUCCUCUGCGCCCGCGAAAUCGUGCUACACUUCACUUUGUCUGGAGUUAGGUUCUACGAAGCGUGGGCGUUCCCUAGAGGGCCUCCGGAGGAAAAGGAGGAGUGGGAUAACGAGGAGUCACUGGAGAUUGCGUUGAUCGUCGAUGUCAGGGCUGUCAGUGAAGAUUUGGAGAUUCUCGCUGAAACGGCCCGUUAUUCGGAAGAGUUCUCGGUGAUAACUGGCCUGCGCGUGGAGUACGCUCAAGCCUGUUGGGACUCCCUCGUCGAGUUCUUCCUCCGACAGUACAUCAAGCUCUUCGCGUCACGGCGCAUCACAUACAGAUUUCGCGACGACUACUCUGUCAUACGCUCAAGAAGUCUAGAUGAUGGGAGCUGGUGGAUGCUCGAGCGCGAAUCUGGCGCGAGUGUUAGCGUCUUCUCCAGCACCGUCAGGUUCACCAAGAUGGAGGGCUUCGAUGUUAUCGUCGGCAUUACACAGACGUCCAUCAACAACCAGUUCACGCGGCUCUUCAAGUUGUACUCAAGGGAUAUCUCUUCGCGGGAUGAAGCCGACUAUCAAGUGGAGAUCAAGACAAUCACUGUGCGCUUACUGCAAUCCAGGGCGUUCCAGGAGCCAUGGGACGAGGACUGGGACAGACCCGAGGACGAAGAUGGGAUCGAUGCGGUCACCACUAAGGUUUCACAGGCUCGGGCUAUAGUCACGAUCCACAUCUCGAGCGGAGCUUUGCACUCUUGGCUGGACGACGACUUGAUGGUCAUCAGUCGACCGGACCAUAUUUCUGGCAAAGUGGGAGAGUGGCGCCUUGCAUUUGAGGUUGACCUGGCGAUGCGAAACAACGACGAACUAUUCGAGCAGAGGUAUCGCCAUCAACCUUUUGCCUACCCUUCCCCGCCAGGCGAAGAUCCCUACACAAUACGCCACGUGUACCUGGACCUACAGAACGCUCGCUUCUCAGCGCGGUACAGUACGAUGGAAGACUGGGAGUACGGAAUUCCGGAUGUCAUACGCGCGCGCAUGACUCUUGCUAAGUUCAUCAAAGAGGACUACUUCCCCGCACUCGUUGAGAAGGGGAUUCACAUCGUAUCCAGUGUCCCCAUCUUCGAAUCUGGCGGUGCUCCAGCGUUCUACAAGCUCACAGACAUGACAUGCUGCACGUACGCGGUGCAAUCGAAAGCUUCCGUCCGAGCCGACGGAGAAGAUGCUACGUCGUACUCCGAGCAGCUCCUUUUCAUCCUCGGCAUGACUGGCCACCGCUCUCUUCCAGAUAUCACCAGCUUUACGCCCUCAACGAAGUGGCUUCUCCGCGGGAGAUUCUCGCAAGGCACGCUCGCCAUCUCGAGGCGGGUUUUCCACGACAGACUGCAUUCUCUCCUCGCUCAAGUCAAUGCGCUCACGACUCUCGUUCCCGAUGCUUCGGCAACGGACAUGAGGAAGGGACUCGUCAGGCGGUGGGCUGAGCACCAACACUAUCGCGACAGGUCGACGGAGUGGAGGCCGGUCAAUGGACCCGAGGCCUCGUUUACGACCAAGUUUGAAUGGGAGUUUGACCACAAGAUGCACCUGCAGCAGUCAGGAACGCAGCUUUCCGCACACCGCGACUAUGAGAUAGAGUGCUCCACCCACAACGAAUUGGAACUACCCGACGUAUCCAUGCUCUCCACCGGGUCUUUGGAAAUCAGAGUCACGGGCACUAUGCGGCUGCGCAUGCAUAGUUCCCGCGCAGACAGCUCAUGGGAGACGGAGUCAUCUGUUCCCUGGAACGUCACUAUCCGCAUCAAGGGUACGGUGCGCGGCAACGUCGAGGUCGACAUCGACGGCCUCGACAAUCUCCAACCCACCCCCGCCAAAUCCGUCAUCCGCUCGGGCGGCGUCAAUGUCCCCAACGCGCAAGCGACUCUCCGCCACCACCUCCCCAGGCGCCAAGACUUCGAGGGCGUCCUCAAGGAGUUGAAGGUGUUCCAAGGAGAGUGGAGAUAUUACUAUCCCGCGGCGACGCCAUUUACCCUUUGCACGCCGAUGCUUAACAACGACGGCGAUCUUCUCUUCGAGCUGCGCCGCUCGCAGACCGAGUUGACUCAGCACUCCAGUCGCAGGAGAAGCUACUGGGGGACGCAACGUUCUGGGUCUCGUACGCCUGCGACGCCAUCUAGUGCAGGUGGUCCUCGUAACGGCUUGAUCAAGAAGAUAACGGAUUCUGAAGAUAAAGGAGACACAUCACCACCAGUAUCACCUACAGUCACACCGUCCCCACCUCUGGAUCCACCAGAGCAGGAAACAGAACCGCAGAAACCACUGUCAGAGGAUCCUUAUACCGAUACUCCCUUCGACUGA